AUGCGACCCUUCACUCCCUCGAUGCUUGCCUUGCGAUCGGAUAAGGUCCGUCAGCUCGAGGCCGAGCUGAGGACCUUAACCGAGGAGGAAGGGGACUUUUCCCAUAACCGCGAGGAGCUCGUGCGUCGCGGCGGUUUUGUUCGCCUCAGCGCCGGAGACGAAUCUGUUCGGUACCUCGGUCCAAGCAGCGGCAUCGCCAUGUCCCGUCUACUCAUGGAAGAAGCUAAGCUCUUUACCGACUCAAAGAGGAUUUCCGAGCUGAUCCCCGAAGUCCGCGCGAGGAGAGAGAGGAGAGAAGCUCGGAUGCAGUCCGUUGUCAUGUCGAACACCCCUCCGGCAAGGAGGAAGAGCACGUAUCCGAUGUUUAGCGAGCACCCGGCGCCGAGUUUGCCGUCCAGGCCACUUGUCACCCGCCUGGUCGAGAUAUUUUCACAAAGAGCAUCCAUGUUUUGGCCUGUGAUCCAUGAACAGCAGUUCGCCAAGGAUCUCGAAGAUGUAUACGCCGGAAGCGACGAUCCCUACAAAAACUACGUUGUGCGUAUGGUCAUAGCCAUCAGCUUACACAAGCUUGAUCCUCAAUAUGCCGGCCUUGCGGAUAGCUACUACCUUGCAGCGAUGCAGCUAUUUGAGGAGGUUGUCCGCCCGAGAGACUUGAAGGCACUUCAGUGUCUUAUCCUCGUGGCGCAAUACUCUAUUCUCGCGCCUACCCGAAUGGCCAUCUACUUCGUCAUCGGUCUGGCCACGCGAAUCUGCCAAGCCACCGGUCUCUGCUUUGAAAAGACGAUAACGACGGCAUACAAUCAAGGUCUUGAGAGUCCCCUUGUGCUUGACAUGCGCCGUCGACUCAGUUGGAUAGUUACUUCCAUGGAGUUCGGCCUCUCGCAUACAAUGGGGCGGCCAAACGCGUUUGCCCAGAGCCACGAUGAGGUCGAUUUGGGGUUCUUCUCGACCGCACCCGAUGAGCGUAUCACGGACGAUGGCAUCCUACCGGGCCCAGAGUGCGAGAAGAAGGUCGUGGCCAUUUACCUCCUCAAGAUGAGGAUGGUGCAGGCGGAAAUCAGACGUGUGCUCUACGAGUCUGUAGACCGUGGGCCCUUGCAUGAUUCCGACCCUUGGUUUGCUAGCAUGGAAAAGAAAAUUCAGGAAUGGCAUGAUGGUGCGCCAACAGAUCCGGCGUGGUGUAAGCCAUGGUUUAGUGGACGGUACUGUCAAUUAAAGAUCUUCCUCUAUCGGCCGUCCCCACAGGUGACCCAGCCGUCACCUCGGGCAGCUGAGAUUUGCUACGAUGCCGCGGCUUAUAUCAUCAGCCUCUCGAGGCAACAGAUGGAAAAGGGCGCGACGGAUGUUACGUGGAUCUUCCUCCUCAAUCUCUACAUGUCGCUGAAUGUCAUACUAUGGUCCGUCUCUUACGCCAACAUCCGCCAGGCCCAUGCGCGUGAGGAUGUUGAGGAGCUGGUCGAUGUGACGCUUGACAUCCUCGAGCAGUGCACUGACCGGUGGCCUGGAACUGAGGCGGCGGCGAAUUUGUAUUCUGUGCUCUCCAGGGCUUGCAUGCAAUCGUACGAAACGCAAGGCGGACCGCAAGACGUGUUUGCGAGCACCUUCAACAACACGCCAGCGGCUUUUGCCCAGGCGCAUCCACCGCCACCCACAGCGGCAGAUGGCGCACACCCUUCAUCCCAAGCUGCUGGUCAGCCACACGUUCCGCAAAACUUUAACAACGGCGGCGGGGGCGGUAUUCAAUUUGGCUACAGUUUCAACAACAACCCUCAGCAGCCCAACUCGAUGAACUCCGGGGGGCCCUUCUCCUUUACCGGGUCGCCCUUUCCGCAGCAACACCCCAUAACCCCACAUCAACCGACAUUCCGAUCAAACUCCAUCUUCUUCAACCCGUCUUCCGAGGGUGGCGGACGGAGGUUCUCUCACUUUGCUCCGGACGUACCUCCCGAAGGCGGAGAUGAGGCGACCCCGCCCGCUACGACAACACCAAUCAACCACGCCACUCCGCCGGACGGGUCUGGGGGUUCUUCGCUCCCCACGCCGCCAGAGUCCAUCGAACCUCCGCCGACGAUGACUCCUCCCGCGUACACGGGGCCUCCGACGACGACACCCGUCCUGACUCACCAGACGCCGCCAUCCGUGGUCUCGACGCCCAUGACGAUGGCAGCAUCCGUGGGCAUCUCGUCUCCGGCGUCGCGAGUAUCAACACCCGGGAAUAUAGCACACCAGCAACCACUACCGGCUCACCGCUCCCCCAACUUCACUAACAUGGUGGGCCCGACAUCUCAACCCGCGCUUCCACCCCAACAACUUCCACCACCAGGGGCGGCCCCACCGCCACCAGCGCCACAUCAUCACAUGCCGCCGACGACCAUGCCGAACUGGUUCGCGCCGCCGGCCCCUCCCUUCGUCUCGCCCUUCGCCUUUGGACCCACCGGCAGCCCGUUCGUCGGCGACAUUAACGCCCAGGCCUUCGCGUCGCCGACGAGCAUGGGACCGGGGGGGCUCGUUUCGCCGUUCGGAAGCCAGUUUACGCAGACGUUUCAGAGGCAGGGGAGUUUGAGUCAAGAGCAGCAUACGGAGCUGAUGCAGGCUUUGGAGAACGAUGGGUUGACGGAGAUUGAUGCCUUGUUGAGUAUGGGUGGGCCGGUGCAUACGGUGGCAUGGGGGUGA